GGCCUAACUUUUAAAUGUUUUCCAGGUUUUACAUGAAACAUGCUAACUACAAUAUGUAUUUUAUUUUUAACACUAACUUCCCAACACGUGUUUGGCCGAUUCUAUUUUAGCGAUUGCCCUUCUGACGUCAUCUCUAAUGACGUAGAAGGUCGAUGUCGGACUUGUGUCAAGUAUGGAUAUGUAAAAAGAAAACGCGAUCCAAUCUUGAAUCAUCUCGAUGAAUAUUGGCGACGUAAUAAAGUUGAACGUGACGUCACAGAGAAAAAUGAAUUCAGUUGGAAAGUUGACAAAUCUGUUUAUGACGUAGACAAUAUAACUAUGACGUUGUAUUUAUGGAAUGAAAGUACAGGGUUGGGAAAACCCCUUCCAGGCUGUUGUGACGUCACACUUAGCUCCCGGAAGUGUUUUACGCCAUCUUGUGUUGAAGGAACAAUUAUUCCAAGUAUAACAAUGUCUAAUACGUCAUCACUGUGGCUUGCCUUCGAUACGGACCAUAAAUGCUACCAACGUCGAGAACCCAAUCGUUUCUUCCAUUCUUGUUCCCCUGGUGACGCUGAUUUCCUUUAUAAGCUUGGAGGAUACUGUUUAAGAUACGAUUCGUAUAUGGGCGGAGUAAGCGUUCAAAAUACGACGGACAUCACCGAGUUUUUAAUCAAACCUCGUGAACCUCACAUCGGUUCGUACGAGACUGAGAUAAAAACCUGCAAGUUCCAACUCAAUCAGGCUGAAGUGACGUCAUCCGAGCAGAAAAAUCAUGACCUCACUAUGGACAAUUUGUUUGGCCGUCGUAUCUACCAAUUACUUGGCUUCCAAUGGUCACGUGGUGAGAUGAUUGACAGGUGGAACGCGUCACGAGAAUGUGAUGACGUCACGGUGACGAGUAUCGACGUAUUAGAGUUCUACAGUCGAUCUUACGGUGACAAAUAUGUUUGUAUCUCACUUUGGCCGAACGGCACAGAGGAGUUUCUACCAAUGGGCACGCACGUCAUAUGCACCAAACAAUUACCUGGAGCAUCUUUUCCCACCAACUUAAUAUUCUCUUUAACAAUCGUUGGUUUGAUUGUUUUCGUCACAAUGGCGAUUAUCGUCACAAUCACCAACCGACGUUGGAAGAUAAAGAAUAAACUGAACAAAACUUUGGGACAUACGGAAAAGGAAAUGACGUCACUGACCGGAAAUGUCAUUCGAUCCGACGAUGGGGAAGCCGAUAUGAUGUGAUGUCAAAAAUAUUCUGCUCUAAAUUACAGGUCCUCGACAAGGACCUCACCCACAAAAAAUGUAGAAUAUGCUGACGUCAUCGUGACACCAUACUGUUACGUCAUCACGUUGUGACGUCAUCACUACUUAAGUGACGUCAUUACCACUUGCUGUGAAUUACCGAUCGUUCUUCCAUUUAUGACUUAGUCACUUGAUUGCAUAAAUUAAAAUAUUGCAGAAAUGA